AUGAAAUCAUUCCUCGUAGCCAUCUCAUUUAUCUUGUCAGCGGAUGGCUACAAGAAUAAAUUCUUGUCGCAAAACAUAGAUUCGGAGCCCUCUCUAUCAACUCUCUACGCGCGCGACAAAAGAAGUGACUUAGUAACAAACGAGUGUCUUAUGGAGAUGUACCCUAAAAGCCUUUACAAGUAUCCUUUACAUAUUGACCGGAACGAUGUACCGUGUAUCAUACAUUGUGUGUUGAAGAAAUUCGGUAUUAUGACAAACGAUGGCGUCAUAAACAUACACAACUAUUACCGACGGGUUCAGGCCAUACACAGAUAUGAUCCGAGGGUUUUGAUAUCCGAUGUUGGGGAGACCUGUGCACAGAAUAUUAAUGGAAUGAAUUUAGAUCACGAUGUGUGUAAAAAGGCUAAAGUGUUUAACGAUUGUACGCAAUUAUAUGUUAUAUCGUUUCGAGAUGGUGAUUGA